AUGAUCAACCUCUACUACCACGUCCUCACCGCCUUCUUCGUCUACGGAUUUCUUUUCUACGGAGAAUGGCUGCUCCAACCCGUCCUGGACAAGAGAGAACCACCGUUGCUCAAGCACAAGGUACCUCUGCUGGGCGACUUCAUUGGCUUGGUUCGAAAAGGACCGGAAUACUAUACCGCCGUAGCACGGAAGACUCGACCGGCCUGUUUUACCCUUGACAUCUUCGGCACACGCACCUAUACGGUCAACACGUCUCAAAUCAUCCACAGCAUCCAACGGAACGCAAAAACCCUCUCGUUCGCGCCCCUGAUCCCCUACAUGGCCGAGCGGAUUGCCGGUCUGCGGUCCGAGCUGUGGAAAACAUGGUUCGCAGACAGCGGACGCUACAACGAAGGAAUGGGCGCCGAACAUGCCCGGUUGAUUCACCACACCUUGUAUCCGCCCGAAGGGACUCGUCAGAUGAACCACGAUGUGCUCGCCGAGCUCAAGCCACUCAUGGACGACAUCGGUUCCUGGGAGCCGACCUUGGGCAUACACAAAUGGGUAGUUCAUGUCGACUACAAGGCUGGCAACCCGGGAGCGUCAACACUUGUGACGAUGCGUCGCAAGCUGUUCGAGGACCAUGGAUUCAAAGUCCAAGACAUUGCUCAGUUCGAAGCCGGCAUGUCGACACCAAUCCUGUCCAACACGGCGCCGGCCUUGUUCUGGCUUCUGCGCGAGAUCUAUUCCCGUCCUCGAUUUCUGCGCGCUGUGAGAACCGAGAUUGGCCGAGCGGUCGAGCGCAAGGUGCUGGAGGAUGGCCAGGUCGUCUUGACCCUCAACGUGCCCCGGCUGAAAAAGGACUGUCCGCUGCUGCUGGGCACUUACCACGAGGUGCUGCGGCAACACGGCAUCGGCAUGUCGGCCCGACGGGUGAUCGAGGACACUAUCUGCAAUCGCAAAGACUUUGAUGCCGCUCGCUUCGUGAGGACUGAUGAUGCGUUCAAAGACGAAGACGGGCCUGGUCCCGGUCCCGGUCCCGGUCACGGUCCUAGCGGUCUGCACAAGCCCAUCAGUCGGCCGGCCCACUCCUUCCGAUCCUUUGGGGGGGAGGGGGGGGCACCUCACUUGUGUCCCGGCCGGCAGAUCGCCACCCUCGAGAUCCUCUGCAUCGCUGCCAUGCUCAUUGCUCGCUACGACGUCGACCCUGUGCUGGGCCACUGGUCCUACCCCAAGCUGACUUACAUCAUGUCCGGCAUUGCCAUGCCGUCGACCGACAUUCAGGUCAGGAUGAACCCCUUGGUGGAGACGGAGGGCGACUGGAGCUCCGAGAUGGGGCCGCAUCACCUGAAGUUUGGUCUGGCUUGA